UGUAUAUAUUUGAUUUAAAAAUCUUAACGCUUAAAUAGUUUUAUUAUGGAUUUUGUACGAUGAACGAGUCAAAGUCAAGGUUGAACAAGUCCUGAUUGAACCUUGGACACUCUGUUUGGAUAUGUCUUAUUGUUCGCCUGAUAACUGUAGGUCUCACACAGGGGUUCUCACAUGAGUGUCGGAAGCUCUCUUCUUGUAUUUCUUUUUUUUCGGAACAUUGAAAACCACGCUCUAAUAGUGAUAACUGCAAUACAUUGCAGGGCCGGGUCAUAUCAUCGUCCCGGGUUAUCGUCACACGAUGACCGCCACAGCACCGCUUUAUGGGCCACUGCGGGCAUGCGGCUACGCGUUGGGCGUGUUCCCUUACAUGGUAUCGCAGUCAGCACCGCACAGAUUUCGCCUGCACUGGUUCGGCGCCGCGCUGAAAGCCGUUCACGUGAUUCUGUUCUGGUCGGCCGCCGCAAUCGUUGUCGAGGAGCUGUACCGAAUGCACCCGAGCAGCGCCGAUGACCAUAACCGGCAGGCGCUCGACAAGAAACUGGCCACCACGUCACCAGUGAAGGUCUACGAGCUUUACGUGUAUAUGACGUUCACCACGUCCGCGACGGCCGCCCUGUGCCAAGUGCACAUGUUGCAGCCGUCCGUCGUGGCGCUGGUCGGCGAAUGUCUGCUCCAGCCGCGCGUCCACCAUGGAGGCGGCCGUGUCUGGCCACCGUUCAAGGCUUUCACCAUAGUCGUGUUCGUCGUCUAUGAGUUAGGAAUUUACUUCGUUCUGUCCACGUCGAGGUUCAAUCACCGGUACUUCAUCUGCCUGUUCUCGUUCCUGUCCAACAUCGAUUGCAUCAUGGUCGAACAGUUUUUCUACGUCACGUGCCUGACACUGUGCGUCCGGCUGAAACGGAUCCACGAGGACGUACAGGACCUGGUCCACAAGGCCGAACACCCACGGUGGAGGUGCUGGGCGAGCCCCGCGGCCGAAAAUCUUACUCACUUGGGCAUACCGGCGUUCGGCACAUCGGACAUCCGGCGAUUGAGGUCCGCGCACAUGAGGGCCACGGAGACGUUUUCACGCGUCAACCGCGCAUUUCAACUGCCACUGCUGCUGAACAUGAUCGACAGCGUGUGCCGCAUCGUGUUCUACACGUCUGAGGUGACGUAUCACUUGACCUACGUCAUAUGGGACAAACGCGCAACGAUAACGUACUCGAACACCGUCCUGUACUCGGGCUAUUGGGGUAUGCGAAUCGUCCGGUUGUGGUACCUACACUCGUGCGAGUAUUAUAUCACAAAAAUGAUUAUACCUAUACGGAUUUCAUUGAGCUGGCUUACAUUAACACUAAAUCCAGUCACUAGCAGGAGAUUAAUGCCCGAGGUAUUCACUUUUAAGUUUUUAAAGCAAAAUAAUUAAAAUAUAAUUUAUUUUUAAGUUUAAUAAAAGUUUAAUAAGUUAAACUCAAUUACAAGUUCUUACAUUAUAUAAACAUG